AUGGCACUCGACGAGACCCUAAACGAAGAGAUAGAAGAAAAGCGCAUCGCGUACCUGCGAACACCGUACACCGACCAUGCAGUCGACUACUGGGACAACGCCGAGAUCCGGGCUAUGGUGCAGGACUUCGGGCAGCGGGGACUGGAGCAGGGGUGGCCGUGGGCGGCCGGGGCGGCAUACAUCUGGCGGUCGAUCCUGGAAUACGCGCUCAGCGUGCCGGGGGCGCGUCUAGACGAACGGUACGGGCUUACGCUCGAGGUCCGCGAAUUCCGCACGAAGACGGAUCCGCAGCGGCCCGUUCGGCCGUACUGCACCGUCGACGUCGCGCAUCAGUGGGAGCAGAUCGGCGCCAACGGCGAACGCCUCGCCGCCGUGUGCGUCUUCUGUCUGGAUGUGACGCAGGGCAGCCUCGAGAUCACGCAGGAGGAGGCCGACGCGCUGGUCCACCGCCACAUGCCCUCCGAGGAGGCCCGGCGCAAGAAACAUGCGAUCAUUCUCGUUAAGCGUAAUAACCUGGCUGUCUUUCAGUGGAGGGAGAAUGAGCGUGAGGAGUUGGCUUUGUGUAGGCUCCGCCGGCUGGAGAAGCAGGGCUCGCUUUGUCUGUGGCGGGAUCAUGAGGUUGUUGAGGCGUUUUUGAAGCGGUUGCGGCGCCGUAUGCAUCGUGUUCGUCGUGUCGAGGGUCAAAGUUAUUGUGUGUUUAAGGACGCCUGGAGCGAGGAUGACAGUGAUGGGGAAGACGAGGAGGACGGGGACGAAGAGGACACCGAGGACCUCGCGAUGGAUUAUUUCCCGUAUAGUCCCAUGCAUACUGACGAUGACUCGGGCGAUUAUUGCCAUGUUAUCGAGAUGCCUGAGGGCUAUCGGUGA